AUGUCAGGUAAAACCUUCCAGGGACUGAAGGACCAGGCUGAAGGUGCAGCAAAAGAUGCUGCAAACACAUUGGGAAAAGCUACUCAGGAUGCAGUCAACCAGAUUACAGAAGCAAGCCAGAAAGCUAUUGACAAGGCUUCCAAGGCAGCACAAGAUGGGGUAGACAAGGCAACCGGACAAGCUGCUGAAGCAAUGUCUGGCUUUGGAAAAAAGUGUGGAUUUAAGAAAUGAUGUUAAUUUAAAC